GUCCCGUGCGUCUGACGUCAUCUGGUUUUCGUCUCGUUCCUCCGUUGGUUGGAGAUCAGACCAACUAGCAGCUAGCUUGCUAACUAGCCGUAUUUCUUUAUUUUUCAUACUUCUGAAGACGCCGUUAUUAUAAGGUCUAUUUCUGCGUCUGAUUCCACGGGACCGUAUUUGUCUUCAACACAGUUUCGACGCAGUUUUUUCUCCGCUCACGGGGAGAAACACUGAGCCAUGUAUAAUGGGAUUGGCCUGACAACUCCUCGGGGCAGCGGCACCAAUGGCUAUGUGCAGCGCAACCUGUCGAGCCUGCGGGUCAAACGGCCGCGUGAUGAGCGCGGCGGCGAGCGGGAUGAGAAGGACCGAGAGAGGCUGGAGAGUCAGCUCAACAGGCAGCCCAAUGCCGACAUACUGGAGCACCAACGGAAGAGGCAGCUGGAGGUCAAGUGUGCCGAGCUGCAGGACAUGAUGGAGGAGCAAGGGUAUUCAGCUGAGGAAAUCGAGGAGAAGGUGAACAGUUUCCGUAUGAUGCUGCAGGAGAAGCAGGAGCCAGCUCCCGCCACCAAUGAAAAAACGAUGGUGACAGAGACUCAUGCUCUGGCUGCAGCCAACCAGCAGAAGAACGACCGUCUUCGUGCUGCUUUUGGCAUCGCCAGCGACUAUGUGGACGGAUCAUCCUUCCACGCCGACCGCAAGGAAAGAGAGAAGGAGAAGAGAGAACAAGAACGCCUGGAGAAGGAGAAGCUGCAGCAGCAGAAAUAUACGUUGGUGGAAGAUUCAGAUAAUUCAGAAUCUCCUCCCAAGAAGCGCAGCCGGAAGAAGAAAAAGAAAAACAAGAACAGAGACAGCUCAGAGAGUUGCUCCCCGUCUCCCCGACGAGAGAAGAAGAAAUCCAAAAAGAAGAAAAAGAAACGUGAGUCAUCAGAAGACGAGGAAGAAGACGACAGUUCCUCAGAUGAGAAGCAGAAGGUCUCAGAGAAUAAAAGAAAGAAGAGUGAAAGUUUGAGUCCUCCAAAAGCAAAAGCAGCACGGCACAGGAGUGUCUCCUCCAGCUCUGCUCACAGCCAGUCUCCGGCUCCAGUGAGAUCACGUCAGCAGGACCAAACCGCGAGAAAAGCUGAUGAAGGUAGAAAAGGGAGAUCGCCAGACAGGAGGAGACGAGGCUAUGAGGAGCACAGCCCACAUCAUCAGGGAGGCGAAGGGAAGAGGCCCAAUCUUGAGAGAGAAAAAGAGCGACUGAGUGAGGUGGAGAAGACCUCCGCCAAGAGGAGACAUGACUCUUCAUCCCCUUCUCCACCACCACAGACAGGAAAAAUCAUGGAGAGGGAGAAAGGGACGAGGUCCAGAAGCAAACAGAAGGAGAGUGUGGAAGGGAGGCGCUCAAGAAGCAGAGAGGUGGAGAAAAGGAGGCGUUCAAGGAGCAUAGAAAACGAGAGGGAGAAAGGGAGGCGUUCACGAAGCAAAGAAAAGGAGAGAGAGAGGGUAAAGCGAUCCAGAAGCAGAGAGAUGGAUAAAGGAAGGCGAUCGAGGAGCAGAGAAAUGGGAAAAGGGAGGCGUUCAAGGAGCAGAGAAAACGAGAGGCAGAGAGGGAGGCGCUCCAGAAGCAGAGAGAUGGAGAAAGGGAGGCGUUCAAGGAGCAGAGACGUGGAGAGAGGGAGGCGUUCAAGGAGCAGAGACGUGGAGAGAGGGAGGCGCUCCAGAAGCAGAGAGAUGGAGAAAGGGAGGCGGUCAAGGAGCAGAGAAAAUGAGAGGCAGAGAGGGAGGCGUUCGAGGAGCAGAGAGAUGGAGAAAGGGAGGCGUUCCAGGAGCAGAGAAGUGGUUAAAGGGAGGCGUUCGAGGAGCAGAGAAGUGGUUAAAGGGAGGCGUUCGAGGAGCAGAGACGUGGUUAAAGGGAGGCGUUCGAGGAGCAGAGACGUGGUUAAAGGGAGGCGUUCGAGGAGCAGAGACGUGGAGAAAGGGAGGCGUUCCAGGAGCAGAGACGUGGAGAAAGGGAGGCGUUCCAGGAGCAGAGACGUGGAGAAAGGGAGGCGUUCCAGGAGCAGAGACGUGGAGAAAGGGAGGCGUUCAAGGAGCAUAGAAAAGAGGGAGAGAGGAAAGGAGAGUGUUCCUCAGAGGACCCGACAUGACUCGUCCUCGUCCUCCUCCUCCUCCUCCUCCUCGUCCUCUUCAUCUCCUUCUCCUCCACCUAAACAGGAGACUAGGAUUGAAAAGAGCAGAGACACUGAGCGGGAGAAAGAUAGGAAUAAUCAGGACAAAAAGAUAAGACAUGACUCCUCAUCUCCCUCUCCUCCCCCUGAGAAGGAGAGGAGUGGAGAGAGGGAGCGCAGGACCGAGAGAGAUCUGCUGUCGAGGCCACCAAAUGAAAGGGACAACAGGAAAGACACCGGAAGGAGACAGGAGAGAGAGACAUCUCCUUCCCAACAGAAAAAUGACAGAAGAAGAGAUCCCCCGUCACCGGCCUCCCGAUCACCCGUCACCAACGGGCGCCAAAGGGAGGAGGAGAGGAGGAGAGACCAGGACAGGGAGAGCACCAAAGAGAGGGAGAGGCAUCUGAACAAGCAGAGCGAACAAGACAGAGAGCGAGGUCAGGAAGGCGGCAGAAAGAGAGACGAGGGUGCGGAGAAAGGCAGAAGAGCGGAGAUAAACAAGAGCCAGGAGAAGACGAGAAGCCCUCCGAGGAAGGAGAAACCGGCCGAGAAGAGAAGAGAGAGCAGCAGCAGCAGUGGUAGCAGCAGCAGCAGUAGCAGCAGCAGCAGCGGUAGUGACAGUGACAGCUCCUCGUCCUCCUCGUCAUCUUCAUCUUCCUCUUCGUCCUCAUCCUCUGAAGAUGAGGGCAAGCCGAAGGAGGCGGGGUCAGCAGGGAAAGAAAAAGGUGCACCGUCCGUUAUUGGGGCUGCCGUUCAGAGGUAUAUAGCCAACGGUAAAAAGGAAAGCCCGGCCUCUGCUCCAGAGAGCGACGGACCUCGACGAGUCCAGAAGGAGAGAGAAGCCGGAGGAGACAAACAUGAGAGGGAGAGACCGCCUCACAGAGCUCCCGCAGAGAGUUACCCGUCCCGGACAAAAGGUCAGGAGCGAUACAGCCCCACACAGAUGGACAGCCCCAGUCCGCCUCCUUCCCCGUCCAACAGAGCGGACGGCAGCAGAAGCAGCAACAGGAACGCCUCCCCCCCUCCGGUCAAAGCAGAGAGAACCAGGGUGGAGGUGAAAGUCGGGGAAAGGGACAGAGGGAGGGAGAGGGAGGCACCCAGGAGGCCGGUGAGGUCUAGCCCUCCAGCCAGGAGGUCGCGCUCUCCGCCCCAGAAAACCUCCAUCUCCUCCCCGGCCCGUAGAACUCCACCGAGGCAGUAUCAGGAACCGCUGCCGCGAUCCAGGAGAGCUUCUCCUCCUCCGGCCUGGUCAGACCGGGAGAGAGAGAGGCAGCGGGACAGAGAGAAGGAGAGGAACAGGGAGAGGGAGAAGGACAGAGAACGCGAGCGGAUCGCCAGGAGAAGCAGGUCCAGAAGCCCGAGGAGGCGAAGCCCCCCGGCAGGUAACAGGAGAACGUCCCGCCGCUCUCCUCCACAGCGAAGGAGGAGCAGCCGCUCCCUCUCCAGAGAAAGAGCGAGAGAAAGGGAACAAGAGAGGAUUCGGCAGAGGGAGGUAGAACAAGAGAGACAAAGGGAGAAAGAGCGCCUGCACCAAAAAGAUGUUCCCCAACCCCGCAGGUCCUCGUCAUCCUCAUCCUCCUCCAGCUCCUCCUCUUCCUCCUCGUCCUCACCUUCACCUCCCCCAGAGAGGAAAGACACAAAAGCACUUCCAGAGAGAGACAGAAGAACCGAGCGAGAGGACGAGAAGAGAGAAGACCGAGAGCAGAAAAGUCGUUCCUCUUCUUCUCAGGGCCCUUCCAGACCCGCAUCUCACGUUCCAACCUCAGGUAGAGGAGGCUCCCAGGCGGACCCCAGGCGCCAUGACGUGGCCCCCAGAAGGUCUCCGGCUGGUGGCCAACCAGAAACCAAACAUGUGUCACCAGCGGCACCCCCUCAACCGUCACACCAAACGGUGAACGGGAAGGAGGCAAAUGCAAACAAGAAAGCCAACAGGAGUAGCAGCUCCAGCUCCUCUUCCUCAUCGUCGUCGUCCUCUUCGUCCUCCUCUUCGUCCUCCUCUUCAGACAGUUCUGACUCUGAAGUUGAGCAAGGAAAAGGGAAGACGGACAAAGCUCAGAGCUCUCCUUCCUCGUCUUCAUCAUCUGAGAAUGAAAAGGAAAUUAAGAAAAAGAGCCCUGCCAAGUCCGGGAGGGUGCCUGCUGAUUCGCUGAGAGAUUCUCGCUCACUCAGCUAUUCUCCUCCAAGGUACAUGAGAGCACCGUCGCCCUCGGCCCCUCGCAGGAGCGGCAGCAGGCAGUCACCGGUCCGCUCGUCAUGCGGCAGACGCAGGAAAUGAGCUGAAAACCGGAGACUCUUCACUUCUUUUUUUUGUGUCGUUUCUCUGGUCGCCUCUGGCUGGUUUGAAAUGGACUACAACACGGGCUCCACCGCCAGCGGUCAGUAGAUAUCCUGUGAACGUCAGGGGACUCCAUUUUGGUUCAGAGCGACCACACAGUUAUCAACAAAAGUGUUUGUUUUUUAAGCAACUACGACGACCAGAGGCUGGCUUGUACAUUUCUUUUUAUGAGCUGAAUAAGAAGCAUACACAGUUAAGUAAAACGUAACUCUAACAAUGUUCCUCUGUACUUGUAAUGUUUGUUGCGUUCUACCUGUAGAUACGAGCUGUCUGUAUUUUGGUUAUCAUGUAAUAGAUAAUCCGAUUUCCAUUUAAUGUGAGCAGAAACUGAAACGUGGGUAAUUUCUUUGGUGAAAAUGGUUAAUGAUAAUAAAAGGCAAUUGUACAUUUUA